UUAGUUAUAUCGCAAGGAAAACGAAACAUAAAAAUUAGGAUUAAAUGCAGACAUUAACCGCAUGAAACAUGGCCACAUCUACAUGUUACACGACCGAUGACAUAUUGAUAUGUUCAAUAUGUCUUGAAGAAUUUAAAUGCCCUAAAUAUUUACCGUGUUUACAUACAUUUUGUGAAGGAUGUAUUUCGACCUUUAUUGCUUCCUGCUUUGAAAAGGGCAACAAACUUGAUUUCGCAUGUCCAGUGUGUAGAGGAGUUGUAUCAAACCUACAAGAAAAAUGUUCCUCGGAUGAUGUGGCCAAACACCUCCCAGUGAAUUUUCUUAUCGUCGGAUUGUUAGACUUGAAGAAGAUACACCGGCCAGAAAAGCGAUGCAUGUCUUGUGAAAGGCUAGGAAUAGAGUCUACAGCGGCUUAUCUUUGUGUUAAUUGCUCCGAUACUUUGUGUGACACCUGUAAUAAAUGCCACACUGCGAAUAAAGUCAGCGCAGAUCACGAGAUAAGGUCACUGUCUGAUGUGUUUCCUGAGGACAAGAUGCCUAAAACUUUUGCCAGUAAAUGUAGUGAACACACGAAUAAGAAAAUAAAACUCUUCUGCAAAGAUCAUGACAUUCCUUGUUGCUCUAUGUGUGUCUCUAUUACACACAGAAAAUGUGAAGAAAUAGUUGCAAUUGAAGAUGCUGCUAGAGUUUAUUUGUCUGAAAAUUCUGUUGACAAAAUCCAGAGCGAACUUAAAGAGUAUUGUGAAAAUAUGAAUACUCUCAUUUCGGGCAACAGAAAUAUUUUGGAAGAUUUAAAAUCGGAUUAUGAAGUUAAAUCGAAAACAAUAGAAGCCACGUGUAAGGAAAUGAUGGACAAAGUUCGGGCUUUUGAGACAGAAAGAAAAGCUGAAUUGCUGAAGAUUUUUGAAGAAAAGAAAAGUGGUUUAGAAACUCGAAUAACUGGACUUGAAAACCGAUUGAAAGCCAUAAACUAUGAAAAUGAAACUUUACAAAUAAGCAAGGAAAAGGCAUCGGAUGUGCAAGUAUUGCUAGAAUUAUUGAAAAUAAGAAGCCAACUCAAAGGACACAAGAAGUUACUAAACGAUAAGUUAAACAUGCCUGCUCAGGUCGAACUACCCAGUGUUGAAAACUUCACUGAAAAAAUUGAAAAUCUGUUACAUGAAAAAUGUAAAAUACCUUGUUCAAGCGUUCACAAAUUUAACCGUUUCAAAACGUUUGAAACAUGCUGGGGUAUGCAUAGAUCCUGUGUAAAUGCAAUUUCAGUUCAAGUAUCAAGUGACAUUUACCUUGUUGGAAUUCUGUCUUUCUGUUGCAAGCAAGAUUGUAAAAUAACCGUUACGUUAGGACAUGAAUCUAACAUUUUAGUCGAAAUAACGACCGACGUGGACAAAAGGGAGGCCGUGGACAAUGUGGUGCAUGUUGAAUUUCCAAAGGCUGUAAAACUGUCAGCUAACCAAAUGUAUGAUAUAAAAUUAUGUGUCAAUACUUCCAACGUGAUGAUUUUCUACUAUGGAACUCAUGGACAAGCAAAAGUUGACCAUGAAGGUGUAACUUUUACUUUCGAAUCAUCUCUAAUAUAUCGAAACUCAUCUACUAGCGUAGUGCAGGGGCAAAUUCCCGGGCUACUUUUCAAAACAAUUCAAUAGGUAACAAUUAAAUAUAACUGAAUCGAAUUCAAGUUCAUUUUUGUUCAACGAUGUUUUAAAUAGUUUUAACAUAUUGUACAUUUUCAUAUAUAAAAAAACUAUGAACACCUUGCUACACUUUUAUAGCUUUUUUUUAUUAGGGCGCAUACAGUAAAAAUAAGUCGUACUGAAACGGCUGAUUGUUUAGAACUAAUACAUCGCACACUUUUGUUUAGUGCAAGUUAUCUUUGAGUCGAAAGAAUCAUAACGGUAGUGACGGUAACUUACUAAGGUUAUAUUGAAUGUCAAAUUAGAGAUGAUUUUCGGUGUAAAUGAUCGAAGCUUGAUUUCAUUAACAUAAAUGUGGUAAAUGGUUUAUUUUUU